AUGGAGCAGAAGCGUAAACCUGCCUGUGGCUUUCGUGUGGACGCGUGUGGUUUAGUGUGCGUGGCUCGACGCAAAAAGUUGGACGGUGCAGAAAAGCAAGCAGAGGAGGACGGAGACGACGCCGACGACGGCGGCGACGCGGACGAGGAGGAGGAAGAGAGUGAAGGGCUGAAGGACGAGGUAGGGCAGGACGACGAGUCGCAGCGUCUGUUGCUGGGGCGUAACAGUACGGGCACCGCUGCCACCUCCGCUACCGCCACCACCGACGCCACCGCCGCCCCGCAAGCGAACGCCGGUGGCCGGUUGUCUGUGUGCCAUCUGCGUAAAAGUCCCAGCCGGAAAGCGACAGCCAGACUGUUCCGCUGCUGUUUGCCGUGCCGCGGCGACGGAGGCGGAGGUGGAAGUGGAGUCGACGGAGGAAGAGGAGGAGGAAGGGGAGACAGUGCGCGGAGUAGCAGUAGUGGUGGUAGUAGCGGUGGCAGCGGGGCCGAACCGGUGCGCACGGCAGGGACAAGCGGGCCGGGAUCGGCCGAGGCCGAGACCGGAACGACGGCGGCAACCGAGGAGAAAGAGGACGAAGAGGCGGACGGGGGCCGGCGGGUGGUGAAGCGACCGACUCGACGGACGGUAGCGCGGCGGGCGGGCCUGCGGUGA